AGCCGAAGCGGGCAGCGGCGGGCCCAAAAAUGCCAGUGACAAAAAUGGCGUCGGCGACUACUGGAGUCGCGCUUCUGUCAACCCGGCGGGCUCUUACGCCAGUGUGCCGCGCCUGAGGAGGAGGGAAGCGGAAAAGGAUGCGCAUGAGCCCCUCGGUGCAACGUGGCGGGAGCAAAAUGUCCGAGAAACGGCUGCAGCACGAAGGCCUAAGCGUGGCUCAGCAGGUAGAUAGCCUGGAGGACAAGUUGACCCAAUGCAGAGAGGCCUUGGAAGAGGUGGAUUUUAAGCUACGGAGAGAAGAACUGACUCCUGAGAGAAGAGAGUCAUUAGAGAAAGAGAAAAGUCUACUAGUAACCAAAGCUGAAGCAUAUGAGAAAGAACUAAAAGGCCUUCGCCAGGAGAACCGCAAGAUUGUUGCACUCUCAGCAGCCAUUGUGCUGUUGGUUGUUGUUAUUUACACCUGCUGGACCAUGUAACAGCCUUUGGCUGAGAUCUCCUAAUCACUUAACAGUAACCUCUUCCUCCCCUUACCAGACUAAUUGAAGGGUAUGACCAUCUUCUCAAAUCACUUUGGCACGUCUAAUUCAUCACAAGCAACUCAUUGCUGACAACUGAAGAAAAUUUAACAGAGCAGUUUUCAGGAAACAGCUGAGGUUUAGCUGAUAUCCUCCAACUGACCACUAAGGAAUGAGGCUUUUUGGUAGCAGAGCCCUAGUUAUGGAAUAGCUUUUGGAGAGAGACAGAGGGAGGUUAUUUUACUGUCUGUUCUUACAGAGGUGAAAAUGUGGUCAUUGUUGUACACAUAGGCCUUACUCUGGGGGUCUUCACAAUUUUUUAAUUAACCUUUCUUUGUAUUGUGUUUAUUUUAAUAGUGUUGUCUCUUUAUGAUCCAGUCAGAGAAUUUCUGUUACAGAGCAACCAUAGAAAGUUAAUAAAUACAGUUUAUUCUAGUAAUCAAUAAUGUUGUGAAUUGCCUGCUAUUAGGAAACCUGUAAUAAAUGUCUCUAACUGUUCCAGCAUUAGUCAUUUGAAAGCUGAAAUCCUCUCCCUUGGCUAAUUUUUUUUCUUAAUGCCUUCUCUUCUCAUUUCGAGUCCUUGCACCUUUCCCUGCUCAUAUACAUCACCAAGAGCCACAUGCAACACAGACCAUGAGUACUACUUCCUGGAGCUCUCAAGACAGAGAGCAAGCUGACCAGUUGCACAAGUUAAGCACACACUGCCCCUAAGCUUGAAAAGGGAUGCAGCUCCCUUCUGUGUCUGCCUUAAUUGAUCAUAGUGUCAUGUACAAAUGCUGUGUUGGUAUAUAUAGGUCUAUAAUGGAACUCAGUGUAACAGUCCACCUUCUACAGAGCAAACCAAGUUCAGUAAAACAGUAAUUAAUGCCAUAAAAUUCAAAAAUAUAGCCGAUAGUCAGGAAUAUUAGUAUGCAAAGGGAUCUUAUAGCACCGCUGAGACUAACGGAAAGAAGUGGUGGCUUUUGUAGACUUGAGCCUACUUCCUCAGAUGCAUGUUGUUGGAGUGGAAAAUCCAGACAGACCUAUAUAAGUCAUUUGUGCAAAUUAAAUUCAAAACCUUUCAGGUAUGGAGAUGAGGUGGCAAGUAGAGUUUUAACGAAGGUUUUUAGGGGGCAAAGGCAAUAAUAAAGCUGUUGUCUACAGCUAGGCAGAGUAGAUAACCAUAUGAAUGAGUGUAGGAGUGUAGUGUAGGGAACAGAGGGUGAUGUGAUGGGUCAAGGGCACCCUCAUGAGGAUGGGGGUUUGUGCUGAAAUGUGCAUAUUGUGCCAGGAAACCAUUAUCUCUGUUCAGCCUAUUGCUGAUGGACUCGAGUCUGUGGAUACAUUUCAAUGCUGCUGUUUCUUUCCAAUUUUCCUUUGUUUUGAGGUCUGAGAUGGAAUGCUCAGAAAGAAUGAAGUGUCCUGCAACUGUUUUUUAUGUAUUCCCAUUCCUAAUGUUUGAUUUAUGUCCAUUUAUCUUCUGGCACAGGGAUUGUCCCGUGUACAGUGCUGAAGGGCAUUGCUGGCAUAGUAUGGCAUAAUGUGUAUCACCAUAUAACCAUACAAGUUUUUGAAGCUGACAACAUUCACAAACUUUCUAGGUUUUACAGCAGGGUUUAUCUAGCUUCCAAGAUGGUUAAAGCUAAGCAGAUUACUGGAUCACUCUUCUCAUUUGUGAAUUCCCAAUUUCCUCUUGCCCAUUUAUGAAAAUGGCAGCUGCAUAACCUACAACUCUUAGUUCAACCAGGGCAGCUAUGCAUGUUUCUCUGACUUCUCACUUUUUUAGUUGCUUUUAAAAUGUCCUGUUUUCCCCUCCCCCUCUCACUGCUUAAACUGCUGCAGACUCUCAGAGUAAAAAGUAGUUUGCACUCAACUCAGCAGGGAGAUAGCCUGUAUAAUUGAAAGAGUGGACUCUUUCCCUUCCCAGUCAAAAGGAAAAAAUGGAAGCCAGCCAUUUUGGAGUGAAAUUGCCUGUAUUCAGUGAUCGUGAAUUGUUUCUCAUGGUAGGUAGGCAAAAGGAAUACACAGUUUGUACAAAGUGGGAAGGUGGGAGAGCCCUAACAACUAAGAGUUUUUGAGGGAGUUUUCUUUGAAUGUGCAAAAUUGUGAGCUCUCUUACACAUAUACACAGAUUUCACUGCCUAAAUGAAUUUCAGAGUAUCUUUUCAUUUUUGUUUUCCCUAAAAUAGGAUCACUCUUACAGAAAAUCAUUCAUGAUUUGAAAAUAUUUUUUCUCCUUUGUUUUAUUGAGCUUUGCAUGAUCUACACAUUUUAAAGACAGUUUUACUGGUUUCCUUCUCUCCAUCCUACUAGUAAUCUUCUGUGCGUGAAAGGGUUUUUUCUCCCUCUGCAGGGAAUUGUUCCAUAUACACCAACAAUGUAAUCACACAUAUAUCUACAAAGAAGUAACUGCCAGUGAGUUCAGUGGGACUUACACCUAACUAAAUGUGUACAAAAUUGCAGCCUGAGAUCUUCUAAAAGGCUAUUGGAAUGCAUGGAACCUUAACUAUAUCUUUCCUAAUUUCAUUUCAUUUAUCUCUUGGGGGUAACAGCAUUGUAUAUUAUUCUUCCCUACCCAGCAUCCCCCAUUUUAUCCUAACAAUAACUAUGUGAAAUAGGUUAGAGUACUGUUAUGAGGAAGCUCAGAUUUGACCUGAUCUAAUGUACACUGGGCAGAGGGGUGGGUGUAAACACAGAGUUCAUGUAGUGACUUUUGAUCUGAGACAGCACUGAUUUUGAGCAAGUCUAAUAAAGGCAUUUUGAUUGGCCAA